ACGGUAAGGCGGGUUAGUGAGUUCAAGGCACGAAGGAGUUUGCUUGCUAGCCAACAUCUAGGUCGUGUCUAACCUGAGUUACGGGGCUCUAAGUCAUUAUGUCUGCGGCUGAUAUGUCCGCUGUGCUGAACAUCCUCCGGUCUCUCUAUCGGCACAUAAAGACGCUGGAGGAGUUUGUAGACUGCAUCGUGUUCAGUGAAGGAAAGAGACCGGUACUGGUUGAGCAGUCAGACUCGAACCGCUUCAAAGCUUUUGUCAGAGGGUUGUUUGUGUGCUUUGACAAGGAGCUACAACAAGUCCCCAGCUGCAGCCAGAUUUGCACUCUACCAGAACUCCUUGCUUUUGUUCUCAACACCAUGAAAAGGAAGAGAAGAAGAAACGUCCUCGCACACGGCUACAACCUGCUGGCCCUCGCGCAGGAGGAUCGGAACGCAGACCAUUUUAAAUUCCAGGGAGAUGUAACUCAAAGUGCCGCCUACGUCCAUGGCAGUGACCUGUGGAAGAAAGUCACUUUACGCCUGGGCACAGACACCACGCGGUACCUGCUGGAGAGCUGCUCUAUAUUUGUGGCGGUGCCCCCUUCGUGCGUUUUCCAGGUGUGUGGCGUCCCGGUGUAUGACAGGGUGUCCAUGAGCCCUUCCUCGAGUGGGUUUCGUCUUCAGGCUCGAUUUAGGAAGCGUAGUUUCUCUCAGUUUGGAAGAAAUCAAAGGUCACUGACCUACUGUGGAAGACAGGAGGUACAGAAUCUGGCUGAAAGCAAGAUAAGGAGAAGAAAGGAAAGAGUGAAUAAGAGGAAAAGAAAGAGGGGACUCGAUCAGCUGGAGGAGGAGACGGUGACUUUCGCUGGAAAGAGGAGAAGGUUAGCAAACAAAGAGAGCGUUCAGGAACAAACAGUUGAGGAAAGAUCGGCCAUGUCUUUCAAACCAGCCCUGUCUAGGAGAAACGUGGAAAAUGGUACGACUGGCUUCAAACAGCCAGUUGAGAUGCCAACAGCUUCGCUUCCCUUGGAGGGUGGUCUCAGUUGGAGAUCAGGGGUUUUUCCCCCUUUGCCGCCCUCACAAUGUUUCAUCCGCACGCUGGGAUUGAUGUAUGGCAACAGAGGCCUGCACAGCUUCCUUCUCAACAGGAAGAAAAAGAGUGCCGAUGGAUCCAGAAAGUUACAAGGAAAAGACUUAGUACGAAUUGUCUUCUUUGAAGGGUUGAUGUAUUUAAACGGUCUAGAGAAGAAACCAAAGAAGCUUUCCCGGAGGUUCUUCAACAUGGUUCCCCUCUUUAAUCGGCUGUUACAGCAACACAAGAAAUGCCCAUACAGCAAGAUUCUGCAGAGGAUCUGCCCCUUGCUUCAAGAGCGUAACCCAGGACCCAGAGAGUUGAACUCCCUUUUACCUAAACACUGUGCACCCCAUCGGGUCUACCUGUUUGUCAGGGAAUGUCUCUCUGCUGUGAUUCCGCAAGAGCUGUGGGGCUCUGACCACAACCGGAUUCAUUUCUUCGCCAGAGCCAGGGGCUUCCUGCACAGCGGCAAGUUUGAGAGGCUGUCGCUGGCUGAGCUGAUGUGGAACAUGAAGGUGAAUGACUGCAACUGGUUGAAGAUCAGUAAAACAGGCCGAAUCCCACCUAGUGAGCUCGCAUAUCGGACGCAGAUCCUGGGUCAGUUACUGACGUGGCUUCUGGAUGGCUUUGUUGUGGGUCUCGUCCGUGCCUGUUUUUACGUCACAGAGAGCGUGGGGCAGAAGAACGCCCUCAGGUUCUACCGACAGGAAGUCUGGGCCAAACUUCAGGACUUGGCUUUCAAAGGGCAUCUCGCUAAAGGCCAGAUGGAGGAGUUAUCUCCGGCGCAGGCUGCAUCUCUCCCUAAAGGCACUGUCAUCUCCCGACUUCGCUUCAUUCCCAAGACAGACGGCAUGAGGCCCAUCACACGAGUUAUAGGAACAGAUCCCAAAACGAGGAUGUUCCAGGCACGGGUGCGGGACUUACUGGACAUGCUGAGGGCCUGUGUGCGCUCCAGUCCUUCCCUCCUUGGCUCCACAGUGUGGGGGAUGACGGAUAUUCACAGGGUGCUGAGCUCUCUGGCCCCAGCCCAGAAAGACAAACCUCAACCGCUCUACUUUGUGAAAGUGGAUGUGAGUGGAGCCUAUGAGAGCCUGCCACAUGACAAACUCAUAGAGGUGAUUGGCCAGGCCCUGUCCCCCAUCCAGGAUGAGCUCUUUACAAUCCGCCGCUAUGCCAAGAUCUGGGCAGAUUCCCAUGAGGGCCUGAAAAAGGCCUUUGUUAGACAGGCAGAUUUUCUGGAGGACAACAUGGGAUCGACCAACAUGAAAGGAUUUUUAAUGUCGCUGCAGAAAAGUGGAAAACUCCACCAUGCUAUCCUGGUGGAACAGCAUUUCUGCUCUGAUCUCCGAGGCAGAGAGGCUUCACAGUUUUUCACCCAAAUGCUAACAGGCAGUGUCGUUCAGUAUGGAAAGAAGACGUACCACCAGUGUCGAGGGAUUCCUCAGGGAUCAGUCGUGUCCAGUCUGCUCUGCUGUUUGUGUUACGGCCACAUGGAGAACGUUCUGCUCAAAGACAUCACUGAAAACAAAGGAUGUUUGAUGAGACUGGUGGAUGACUUCCUCCUUAUUACUCCAGACCAACACCAGGCACAAACUUUUCUGAAGAUCUUGCUGGCUGGAGUACCACAGUACGGUCUAGUGGUUAAUCCACAGAAGGUGGCGGUCAACUUCCAGGUAUCAGGAAGCGUGGGCUCUUGCCCCAGCAUUCGCGUGCUACCUCCUCACUGUCUCUUCCCGUGGUGUGGGCUGCUGCUGGACACCCACUCCCUGGAUGUCUAUAAAGACUAUUCAAGCUAUGCAGGGCUCUCACUACGAUACUCCCUCACUCUGGGUUCUUUCCAUUCAGCUGGACAGCAAAUGAAGAGGAAGCUGAUGGCCAUUCUUAGACUCAAAUGUCAUGCCGUCUUCUUGGACUUGAAGACUAAUUCCCUUGAAGCGGUCUACAGUAACAUCUACAAGCUGGUGCUGCUACAUGCAUGCAGGUUUCAUGUAUGUGCCCAGAGUUUGCCCUUUGGACAAACAGUCGCUAAGAAUCCACUUUACUUCCUGCAGAUGAUAUGGGACUUGGCUCGGUAUGCCAAUAAGCUCAUCAGGUCCAGCAACAAGGGGCUAAUCUUAGGCAGUAAAACCCAGAGAGGAAUGGUGCAAUACGAGGCGGUGGAAUUACUUUUCUGUCUGAGCUUCCUGCUGGUGUUCUCACAACACCGUCGACUCUAUAAGGAUCUGCUGAUUCAACUGCAUAAACGGAAGCGCAGUCUGGAGCGACGGCUGGGGGAUUUGAGGCUAGCCAGGGUUCGUCAGGCCUCAAACCCCAAGACUCCCAUGGACUUCUUGGCCAUCCGAAUGUAAACCGUGGUGUAGAUUGAUUUAGAGCUCCAACCAAUAUUUUCUUAAAAUGUCCUAUUCUCAGGGAUGUUAAUGGUUUCCCCAAACAUCACUGGAUAGUUAGGCAGUGACCCUUGAAAUGUCAAAAUGAAGACGUACGUUAAAACUAGUUUCAUUCUGAUGUUAAAUAAAGGGGUGAUCUCUAGGA